AUGGAUUCUUUCCUAAAUGAUAUCUCUCAAGCACUUACUGUCAAGGAAAAAGAAGUUGUAAACAUCUCCAACAUCACUGCUCCUCACCCUCCACCACAAUGCAAUAGGAUUUUCUGCGAAAUUUUCUCAAGAAGGGGUCACAAUCCUAAGCAGUUUUUUAAUUUCAUCACCAGGAAUUGGACAAGGAGAUUUCCAGUAGAUACUUCUACAUAUGACACUGAUGUCUAUAUGGUUACUUUCGGCUGCCAAGGUGAUCUUCUUAGAGUCCUCUCCAAAAAGCCAUGGCAUUUCCAGAACCAACACUUGGUUCUGUGCCUUCCAAGUACUUUGCAAAAUGCUUCUUUGGACUCAAUCACAAUAAUUCGAUUCUGGGUUCAGGUGUUUCAUUUACCACUCUUAAGCAAAUAUGAACAUCUUGCUCAGAUUAUUGGUGGUUUGAUUGGUAACUUUAUUGAUGUUCAUGAAGAUUCACUCAAUGAGGGAUGGGGUCCUUUCUUAAGGAUUCGAGUUGGUGUCGAUGUCUCUAAACCACUUCUUCGUGGUCAAAUGGUAACAUUCGCUUGGAUUAAGGAUGACUUAUGGCUUGAUUUUCGUUACGAACGACUACCUGAUUUUUGUUAUGAGUGUGGCAUAAAGGGUCAUGUCUUUGAUAAAUGCCAUGUCUACUUAGAGAAAAUUGAUGAGGGUAAAGAACCUGAUCUUUGUUAUGGUCCCUUGUUGGAAGGUUCUCCUUUACCCAAAUCACCGUAUGAUCGCUAUCGUCAGGAUUUCUCCAAGCAAGCCCUUGGUCUUUUGUGA